GCGCUGUUGGAGAACGUAAUGCUGCUCGCUGUGUGCGCGCAGCUGCGCAUCCCGGUAUUCAUCGUUGGGAAGCCCGGCAGCUCCAAAUCGUUGGGCAAAGCGAUCGUGCAGGACGUGAUGAUCGGCAGCUCCUCGCCGGUCCCGCUGUUCCGACGAGACGAGGACUUCGGGCGAACGGCCUUCCAAACGAACCAGUGCUCUCCUCACUCCACGGCAAAGUCGAUACUCGAUAUUUUCCAAAAGGCCAGCAAGGUACAGCAUCAACUGGUUCAGAAAAGGGUGAACGAGGUUCGGAGGGCACACGAGCGUCGUUUGAAAGAGGAAAAGGACAGCAAGCAACUACAAGCCCCCGAGGGGGCCGCUCGAGGGUCGUCCGGGAGCACGACGCCACUGCAAGGGGUGGAGCUGGACCGUCUGACGCGGGCAGAACUUCGCAAGGAGAUCGCCGUGGUGGUGCUGGACGAGGUGGGACUGGCGGAGGAGAGCCAGCACCUCCCCUUGAAAGCACUGCACCCGCUACUCGAGACCGGGAUCUCGCCAGACGGGCACUUCGGCCAGCAAAUCACCGACAAGGUGGCGUUCAUGGGUCUGUCGAACUGGAACCUGGAUCCGGCCAAGAUGAACCGCGCGAUUCUGGUCAUGCGCGAGGAGCUGAACCGCGAGGAGAUGAUUCGCACCGGCCGGGCCAUCUUUCGGCACGAGGGCAGCCUCCUUUUCGGCGCCUCGCGCACCGAUCCGAACGACCAGCCGGGUACGCGCACCGAGCGCGAGCAAGUCAUCCUGUCCAUUGUUGACGGGUAUCGGGCCGUGGUCGGCGCGGUUGAGCAGGUCGGCGACGGGGAGGACACAGAGGACGAUGAGGAUGCCGGCAGCGAUGCUGGUGCCGAUGCCGGCGCGGCCCACCGAGGCGGGGCAGAGCCCGAGGAGCGCGACGUGAGCACGUCGUACGGGCUGCGGGACUUUUAUUCUUUUCUGAAAAUGCUGGACCAGCGGGCGGACGAAUGGCAUCGCGCGAACAGUGCGUCGAAUGUCACGCCUGAAAUUCUGCACGAAGCGAAGCUCGCAGCGCUGGCAUAUUGUGUAAAGCGAAACUUCGGGGGGAUCUCGGCUGAACUGCAGAAAACGGCACAGGAGCGGCUACUCCCCUACCUCGGUAUCGAGCCUGCCGCUGGGGGUGCAGUUGCUGCGGCCGCGGAGGGUGCGGCGCAGGCCAAGAGCGGGAAGGAGCGGUUACGAGAGCACAUAGAUGCGCUUACGAUCGACGUGCUUCUGAAAGAUAACCUGUCGCAGGCCGACCCUGACGGUAAAAACCCGGUGCGCUACCCGCUGCUGCUACCUCGCGGCAGAAGCACUGGCGGUCUGGGCUUGGUCAACGUGUUGCAGACGAAGGGCAUCCUCGGGAAGGAGGUCGCGCUCGUCUUUGGGAGUAGCUUUCCGGAAGAUGGGUCUCUUGCGUUCCUGAAUCGCUGCAUUGAUAAAGUCAAGCACGGACUCGAAUCUGGCGAAGUGGUUGUGUUGGUAAACGCUGCGAAGAUUUACGAAGCGGUGUAUGACGCACUCAACCAGUACUACACAGUCUUCGCCGGCCAAAAGUACGUGAACCUGGGUUUGGGAAAUGAUCACGCGAAAGUGCAGGUGGCAAGCACGGCGAAGCUGGUAAUUCUGGAACCAGAGCCCCAGUUGCUAGAUACACCACUGCUGAACCGCAUGGAAAAGUACGCACUCUCCCCCGAGGAUCUACUUUCUAAUGAGGAGAAAAAC